AUGGACCGCCCACGAAAACGAGAGCUGCUGGCUCUUAACGAACGUGCAUGGAAUGGAGAAGCAGACAUAUUUCCCCUUGGUUCCGUCUUAGAUUCCUCGCUCAAGAAGAAUACAGCCUUUAUCAAGCGGCUGCGCACCGCCGUAUCCUCUGCGACCCAAAACACCUUCCUGCAAGAGAUUCGAACCCUGAGUCUAACCAAAUACCUCUCCGAAGUCGUCUCGGCGUGCUAUGAGGGUCUGUGCAAGCUCAAAACCCCCGGUGAGAUUGAUUCCGCUGUCGAGAUCGUCAGUGCACUACAUCAGCGCUUUGGUCCCGCAGAAUUCACCGAAUACCUGGGAUGGCUUCUUGGCAAGGGAAUGGCAACACCGGACAAAAGCCUGUUGAAAACGCUAGCGCCUGAAGUACGCGAGAAAGAGGAGAAGGACCGUCUGGUUCGCCAACGAGCCCUUCUACGAGUAGUUACAGAGCUUUGGAUUGUUGGUGUUCUCCGAACCCUCGAUGAUGUAAAGCCUGACGAUGCGACUCGCAGCCUGAACGGGAAGAAUGCCGAACUCAAAAUCAAGACUGCGAACGCUACGAAGGGCGGUGGAGCUGAGCCAUUCCCUCUUGAAGUUCUGAAGGAUCUGCUCGGCCACGACAGAGAACACGCGAAUUUGCCACUGUUAGUCAUAUUUGUGAAGUCGUUUAGUUGGGACAUCCUGGGUGUUAAACCAGCCGGCGCAGAAGGUCGCAAAACAGUUGAGGCUGACGGUAUCGCCAAGCCUCUCGAUAGCGGCAUUGAUCAAGAUGCGAGAUCCGACAUUAUCGAUCCUGAUGAUUCUCCGUUCGCGUCCCCGGAGAUUCAAGAACGCUUCAGGAAUAUUCUUUCAAAGUAUUUCGAAGAUGUCAAGACACAUCUGGUGAAAGAUCAGAAACACAUUGUUGCUCAAAAGGGGCGAAAUUCAGAAGCUUAUGUGAAGUCGGGAGAAGUAUUUGAAGAUCGCCAAGCCAACUUUGAGAAACAGUUAAAGGCUCAGGAGCGCUUGGCUUCUAACGCCCAAGUUAUUGCUGAUAUUCUUAACAUGGAAAUGCCCGACCUGAAGGAGGCUGGAGAUGGGUUUCCUAACACCAAUGGCUCGAUUGGCCUUGUUAAAACUGGAGAAUACCUAAGAGGGCAAAGUGAAGGUGCAGGGAUUUGGGAAGAUGAAGACGAGCGUCGCUUCUACGAAAAUCUGGUAGAUUUGAAGGGUAAAGUCCCUGGCAUUCUUCUGGAAGAUGGUAAAAAAAAGAAGACAGACACAGACGAAGCGGUCGGUAAAAGAAUAGACUCGACAGACGGUGCGGAUAACGCCAAGUUCACCGAGGCUAACGAUGACCAGUCUACAGCUAUAGUGAACAAGACAAUUGGUGCGCAAGUGGAUGUUCUUCUGACUCAGCUACCAGAUCUCACAAGCAAGGAUGCAACAGACCAGAUAGCUAUCCAGUUCUGCUUCUUAAACUCCAAAGCCUCCCGAAAUCGACUGAUUAAGGGACUGACCGAAGUGCCUAAAGGUCGAACAGACCUCUUGCCAUAUUGGGCGCGUCUCAUCGCUACCUUGGGUAGAUACAUGCCCGAUAUUCCCAAAGGUAUUGUCGACUACCUAGAUGCGGAGUUUCGAAGUCUCCAGCGCCGAAAGGAGAAGGACUUUCUUGGUCAAGUUCGGUUGAGCAACAUUAGGUACCUGGCUGAGCUGACUAAGUUUGGUAUUGUACCUGAGCACGUUGUCUUCCAUUGCUUGAAGGUCAGCCUCGAUGACUUUUCACGGAUGAACAUUGAGAUUAUCUGCAACCUCUUAGAGAAUUGCGGUAGAUAUCUCCUACGUAACGCGGAUACUUCGCCUCGUAUGACUACUUUCCUAGAGACGCUGCAACGCAAGAAAUCUGUUCAACAUAUUGGGCAACCAGAGCGCAUGCUCAUUGAGAAUGCGAUAUACUACGUCGAUCCACCUGAAAGAGCAUCCAUCCAGCAAAAAGAACGUACUCCUAUAGAGCUCUUCAUCCGCAAACUUAUCUAUGUUGACAUGACAAAAAGGAAUUACACGAAGAUUCUGAAGCAGAUACGGCGACUUCACUGGGAAGAGCCCGAGGUAGUGGCUAUUCUCGCGAAAGUAUUCACGAGGCCCGCUAAGGUUAAGUACGGUAGCAUCCAUAUUCUCGCGAUACUUCUCAGUGCUAUAUACCGAUAUCACCCGAGCUUCACACUUAGGGUCAUUGACAAUGUUCUUGACGCUGUGACAUUUGGGCUCGAGCAAAAUGAGUUCAGGUACAAUCAGAGACGUAUUGCUGAGAUCAAGUAUCUUGGCGAGCUCUAUAACUACAGAAUGCUGGAGCACCCGGUAAUCUUCGAGGUGAUGUACAAGAUCCUAACUUAUGGACAUGGUGGGCCACCAGCGCCUGGUCGAUUGAAUCCUUUUGAUAUGCCUGACGAUUUCUUUCGCAUUCGUCUCAUUUCAACGAUGCUCGAGACAUGCGGAAUGUUUUUCAACCGAGGCGCUGCAGGCAAAAAGCUUGAAUAUUUUCUCUCGUUUCUCCAGUACUAUAUACACACGAAGCACCCUCUGCCUAUGGACAUAGAGUUCAUAGUCCAAGAUACAUUUGUUCUCACAAGGCCGCAAUGGAAACUGGCCACCAAUCUCGAGGAAGCAGCGAAAGCACUCCAACUAGCAAUCGCACAAGACCAAAAGAACUCCGGGAUUGAUCAAAAUGCUGAACAAGACGACGCGUCUGUCCGCUCAUCUUCUGAUGAAGAAGGAAUGGAAGGCGACGGCGAGCUGGGUGAUCCCGAGGCUGAGAGUGAGAAAGAUUCAGAAAUUGGCGGAGAUGAUGAAGAUGGUGAGGCUGAUGAAGAUGGCGAAUACCCUGAUGACCAGCAUGACCAAUCCCAGUCAAACAGAGGCUCUGACUCGGAAGAUGAAGCGAUUGUGGUGACAAAGAAAGCCGAAGAGUUUGACCCCGAGGCUGAGGCCGAGUUUGACCGGGAGUUUGCGAAAAUGAUGGCUGAGAGUCUAGAGUCCCGAAAAUUUGAUCGCAAGCCAAUGUUCGAUGUACCGUUGCCACUUCGCUCUAAGACAACCCGUGACCAUUCGUUGAGCACGGAUUUAGAAGAGCAAAACGGGGAUGGUGCUAGUACAAUGGCUUUCUCCCUCUUGACAAAGAAAGGCAAUAGACAACAAACCCGCAACGUGGUGCUUCCCUCUGAUUCAACAUUUGCAGUCGCAAUGAAGAAUCAGCAGCAGGCUGAGCGCGAGGAGCAGCAGCGUAUCAAGAAUUUAGUUCUCAAUUACGAUCUUCGUGAGAGCGAAGACUUAGAUGGUGAUACUCUCCUGUCGCCCCUUAAACCCAAUCCAAAUAUUCACAGAUUCAAUUAUUCAGGCCACGAGAAACCUUCGUAUCACACCAACCGCAGCGAGAAAUUGAAUAGAGACCGCGGCGGACAACGGAUCCGCCGACUUCAAUUGAGCGAUGUAGACUGGUAUGCGCGCACCCACCAAAACAAUGAGAAUGGGUAUGAUGAAACGCAGCAUAGCUCUGUGGCGGACGUCGUGUCUGAGAGGCUCAUGUUUGAUGACAAUGAAGCUAUCUUGAGCCCGCCAGACCCCACUAUGCUAGACAAGCGUCAAAAGCGUACAGGUUAUAGACGGCAUCCACGCAAUCAAGCCCGCCAUCUCAAUCAUUGA